UUAGAAAAGCCAUCACCCUAAAGUGUUUUGGACCGAAGUAGUUGAAGGAGAUAGAAAGAGGAACAUCUCUGUUUUGUGUUUCAUUUCCAAAUUCCGAAAUCUUCCCAUAACCUAACUCCUCUACCCAUAAUUUCACUCAUAUCCAUAAUCUCAAUUUUUGUCGUAGAACACGUUUUCUUCGAUUCAUUUAUAUUUUAACGACAUGGCAGCUGUCUCCGAUCAACCCACAAGUAUAUGCAUUCACUGUGAUCGGCCUAUUCCCGCUGCAAAUAUUGAUUUGCAUUCUGUUCAUUGCGCCCGGAACCUUGAAAAGUGUAAGGUUUGCGGUGAUAUGGUACCCAAGCAACAUGCUGAGGAUCACUAUUUGAGCACCCAUGCACCGGUUUCCUGUUCACUGUGCAGCGAAACAAUGGCCCGUGAUAGUUUAGAUAUCCAUAAAGGUGAAAAUUGCCCCCAAAGGAUUGUCACCUGUGAGUUUUGUGAGUUUCCAUUGCCAGCAAUUGAUCUGGCAGAGCAUCAGGAAGUAUGUGGAAAUCGAACAGAGCUUUGUCAACUUUGUAACAAAUAUGUUAGACUGCGUGAAAGAUACAACCAUGAAUUUAAUUGCAACAUAAUCCAAGACAAUGCUGCAGGGUCUUCAAGGAACGAGAGACCAGCUGAAAGAGAUGCAAGUGCACCAAGAAGGCAGCAGAACGAAUUCUCAAAAGGACGUCUUCUUUUCACAAUUGCAAUAACCGGCAUCGCUGUUAUACUUGGAUCUAUUUUUUACCAGAGAAAGGCAGAACCCAGUAAUGUGCAUUAGCAACGCAGAGGAAACAUGUUAUUAUGUUACUGUAGAUUGCUCUACCUGUAUAAUUUAUGACGAAUGAGAUAUACUUUACCAGUACAUUAAAAUUACCGUAGUUCUGUAUUUGAAGAGAACUACCAAGAGAUAAAUUUGAGUCAUUCAUUAUAAAGAUUGUCAUUCCUUGUUUAUAUCUUUCAAUUACUACUGGAAACCAAACACUGAAACACACAUAGUUGAAGAAGGAAUGGCUUCUCGUUUGUGUUUGAUUGAGUAUAUUAUUUUAGAUUUAUUUUAUACACUCUGUCAAAUGUAAUUUUCAUUGUACCUGCAUCUAAUUAUAUUUUAUCAUA